AUGGAGAGGGACGUGUCGACCGACAACAUCGCGAGCGUGAUGAACCCAGGCACCACGGGCCACAGCACGCGGAUGAUGGACGGCCAGAAGUUCUGCCUGAAGUGGGAUGGCUUCCAGGGCAGUGUGACGUCACUGUUUGAUCAGCUGAGGCUGGAUGGCGAGCUGGUGGACAUCACGCUCUGCUGCGAGGGCCAGCGGGUGCGCGCGCACCGGAUGAUGCUGUCUGCCUGCAGCCCAUACUUCAGGGAGCUGCUCAAGGACAACCCAUGUCAGCAGAUGGUGAUCUUCCUGAAGGACACGUCGGCCGCCGACCUGCGGGCCAUCAUCGAGUUCAUGUACAAGGGCAGCGUCAACGUGGCCCAGAGCCAGCUGGCCAGCUUCAUCAAGACGGCCGAGAUGCUGCAGGUCCAGGGCCUCAGUGGGAACGACGACAAGGUGCCUCUUCAGGAGCCGAUCAAGGUGGAGAAGGUGGACCUGACGCUGGACGACGACGGCGACGCGGAGGAGGCGGCGACGGCGGAGGGCGCGGCGCUGGAGGCCGCGCUCGGCCGCGUGGCCGACUUCGAGGGCUUCGAGGCCGGCUCCGACCAGUCGAGCGACGCCCUCCUGCUCAGCGCCGAACGGCUCGGCGGCAGCGCGGGCGGAGUGGCAGGACCGUCACAACGCUGCAGCGAGGACGGCGGUUCGCAAGGCGCGGUGCACCGGUGCGACGUGUGCGGCAACGUGUACAAGUACCGCGACUCACUGCGCCACCACCGCAAGAAGCACCUGGGCCUCACCACGUGCCCGCUGUGCGGCAAGGUGUGCAGCAUCGUGGCGGACCUGCGCCGCCACUUGGAGCUGUCACACGACCUGACCGGCGACCAGGUGCGCCGCAUCGUGCCCACCAAGAGCAAGGAGCGGCCGACGCCGGCCGCCAGCGGUCAGCCGCCGCCGCUGGGCGAGGCGGACGGCUGGUGACUGGCGGGCUCGCCCGGUGCCUUUUGAGGCGUUCCCUCGACACCGGACGGGGUGCUCCACCUGGUGACAUAGGGGAUGUCUCGUAUGCUGUCUGACAGGGCGAGUGUGGGAGAGAGAAGAAAAGAGAGAGUGAAGCUCGAUGACUGGCGAGUGGUCGACUUCGAGGGGUCAGUCUGGGUGUGCGAACAUUUGUGCCGACCGCCGGUGUCGAUGCCACGCGUUUGGAUGCGUAAGGGAAGCGCCAACGAGCCAGCUUGCGUUGCGACCUGGAAACGUGGCCGCGUUCCAAAGAUGGGCCGUCCAUUCCAGACGCUUUUUCGUUCUGCUGUGGAAUAGCACGACUUGCGACUGCCAGCACUAAGUGAACAUCAGUUGCGAGCUGAUUCCGGUGUGGUCUGGAGCCAGCUUUGUUGACAAGCAGCAAGAUUCGUGAAACGGGCGAUGCGCCCUGUGUGUCGGAAACAAAGUGGGAUGGUGAUGGAAACGUAAUGACGCGUCGUUUGGUCUGAACUGGGUCUGCGCUCUUGAAUGACUGACCGGUGUGAAGUUGUCUUUGAAACCGCAUCGAGUUGGUUGGCAAUGUUUCGCAGGGAGUCGAGGCCUCGGAGUCGUGAGCUGUCUUGUGUGUCAGUCAUGUUUAUAUCACUGUUAAGUGUGCUGCCGCGAACUUUUCGACCAUGUUCCAUCUCAUUUGUUGAACGGGCUGCACCAUCGCACCCCUCAUCACAUCAUGAUCCUCCACCCCCCACCCCUUUGGUUGAACUUCCUCAGCCAGCAACAGGCACGGCUAGCCUUGUAGGUAUCCCGUCGCGGAAUGCUUUAUGAAGCUGUGGACGCAUGGUAAACCGAAUUUCCAUCCUUUUUGUUAUAGUCCCGAACGAUCAGAACAUGCUGACUGUACUCUGGAAGUGGGGCAUCGCCUUGUUGUGUGGUUGUCAAUAAAUUGUGAAUAUGCACUUCAUGUGGAAAUUGACAGUGGUGUUCGUGUGGUUGAAAUUAGUGUACAUACUCUCGCGCACUCGCGCGCCGACAGCGCCGCUGGUGUCGGAGGACGCUGACGUGGAGCGAGCAAUGCCGGGCCUGGCGCGGGUCCUCGAAAAACCACAUCAACGUAUUGUGUAUGCAUGUACGUUUGCGUAUUUACAACAGCAAGCGCCGAUGUAUGUCCUUAUACCGAACGAUGCACCACAGCCCAGCGCGCUUGCGCCACCAUGCUCAGGCUUGUUUGGCAGGGUUUUUC